AUGGUAUAUCUUAAAAAAUUCCGAGACUACUGCGAGCCUAAGAAAAAUGUUUUACACUCAAGGUUUCUAUUUUACAAUAGGAAGCAAGAGGAGAACGAACCCUUCGACCAAUUUCUCACUGACAUAAAGAAAUUGGUUAAGAGUUGUAAAUUUCAAGCCGAAGAUGAGGCUGUUCGAGAUAGACUGGUAUUGGGCACAAAUGACUUAAAUACACAGAAGAAAAUUGUAAUAGAAGGAGAUGCUGAUUUAGAUACCGUUAUCACGAAGUUACGACUUGCGGAGUUGGGGCGUCAGCAGGCUGCAGAAGUACAAGGAAAGGUCAAGGUUGACAAGGUUGACAGAAAAUUCAAUAGUAAACCAAUGCCUAAUAAUAUGGUCCUGAAAUGUAAAUGGUGUGGAGAACAACAUGAAAGAAAACUUGAAGUGUGUCCGGCUCGAGGCAAGUUAUGUACCAAAUGCAAUCGGUACAAUCACUUUGCAACAGUAUGCCGCAGCAGAUAUGUAAAAGUUAUUGCGGACAAUAAUUUAAAAAAUCAAGAAGACAGUGAUAGUGAAUUUUACUGUGGAGGUGUUCAGAAGGUGAUCCACGAAAAAACGAAUUAAUGGAAAAAUAUCAUGAUGUUUUUACUGGGACAGGGAGAUUUCCAGUUGAAUGCCAAAUACUACUGAAAGAAGGAUCUGUACCAAUUUCAAAACCACCUCAUCGUGUUCCUCUAAAAUUAAAAGAAAAGCUUAAAUCAGAACUUGAACGGUUGUGCCAAAAAGGUGUGAUUUCAAAGAUGGACGAAGCCACAGAAUGGAUAAACAGAAUUGUUAUAGUGGAAAAAGAUGAAAAUGCCAUCCGUGUGUGUUUAGAUCCAAGGGAUUUAAAUAAGUGUAUUCUCAAGAAAUAUUACGAAAUUCCAACUAUUAAUGAUUUAAAGUCUAAAAUAUCUGGAGCAAAAUAUUUCUCGGUCCUAGACCUGAAAGAGUCUUUUUGGCAAAUUGGUCUUUCUGAGUCUAGUAAAAAGCUUUGUACAUUUUCAACUGUUUUUGGUACAUAUAAUUUUAAUGUU